ACAGCGUCAUCUUCACCCCCUCCAGGGUCACUCGUGGACCUGGGCAGCAUGGUGCCCUCUGGCCAGGCAGUGGAGAAGCAGGUGCCCGUGGAGGCCGAGCUAGGCCACGAGCUCCGGUCCUGGCGCUGCCUGGUGUUCUACCUCUGCUUCUACGGCUUCAUGGCGCAAAUGCGGCCUGGCGAGAGCUUCAUCACACCCUACCUUCUGGGGCCCGACAAGAACUUCACGAAGGAGCAGGUCACCAACGAGAUCACGCCGGUGCUGUCCUACUCCUACAUGGUGGUGCUGGUGCCCGUCUUUCUCCUCACCGACUACCUGCGCUACAAGCCAGUGCUGGUGCUGCAGGGCCUGAGCUUCGUGUCCGUGUGGCUGCUGUUACUACUGGGCCGCUCGGUGCUGCACAUGCAGGUCAUGGAGCUCUUCUAUAGCAUCACCAUGGCUGCACGCAUCGCCUACUCCUCCUACAUCUUCUCCCUUGUGCGCCCCGCGCGCUACCAGCGCAUGGCCAGCUACUCGCGCGCCGCCGUGCUGCUGGGCGUCUUCAUCAGCUCCGUGCUGGGCCAGCUGCUCGUCACCGCGGGCGGUAUCUCCUUCCCCACACUCAACUACAUCUCCCUGGCCUUCCUCCUCUUCAGCCUGGGCCUCGCGCUCUUCCUGAAGCGCCCCAAGCGCAGCCUCUUCUUCAACCGCCCUGCGCCCACGCCAGGGGCCGCGCCCGGCGAGCUGGACUGCAUGAACCCGGCACCCGGUGCCAUCACGUCCUUCGUUGCGGGCUUCCUGCAGGUGCGCUGGGCACUGUGGUCGAAGCUGGUCAUUGGGGGCGUCACGGCUUUGCAGGCGGGGCUGGUCUUCCUCAUGUACAGAACCCACAACAUCUGGCUGUGCUACGCGGCCUUCGUGGUCUUCCGCGGCUCCUACCAGUUCCUCGUGCCCAUCGCCACGUUUCAGAUUGCAUCUUCUCUGUCCAAAGAGCUCUGUGCCCUCUUCUUCGGGGUGAACACAUUUUUUGCCACCAUUCUCAAGACCGCAAUCACACUCAUUGUCUCGGACAAGCGGGGCCUGGGCUUCCCGGUCCACUCCCAGUUCCUUGUCUACUUCGUGUACUUACUGGUACUGUCCGCCAUCUACUUCUUGGGGGCCAUGCUGGAUGGCCUGAGGCACUUCCAGCAGGGCCUCCACCAGCCCUUGCCCCCGGCCGAGGAGCUGAGGAGCCCCAUGGAGGAGAAGACGGCACAGGCACUGAGCGUGCAGGACGGGGGCCCGGGCAGCCUGCAGCCCUUGGCUCUGCCGCUGCCCCCAGAGGACAGUGCAUGGACUGUGGAACCAGCCUCCAGGGAGCAGAGCCAGCUGCACGAGUCCAAGGCCUGUCUGGGCCCUGAUGUCACAGACUCGGCGCGUCCCCAGGCUGCCUAUCCUGGUGUCAGUAAGCUGGGUUUCUGGUGUUGUCUGAAUUCUAGUGUUCAGAAUGUGAACCAGGGACUCAUGGGGCCUUGGGUGCCUUUGCAGCGACACCAGGUGUGUCAUGGGCCACCUGCUUUAGCCCAGAGGGGGCCUCCAUUUGUCCCAACAGCUCUCAAGCACCCUGUCUUCAGCCUUACUCUUCCCCGCUGCUGGGGACAGUACCUGGUCAUGCUGACCCCGAGCCAGCCGUGUGGGCUUUGGUUGCCUGUCCCUUGCCUGAAAGAGACUGUGGUGGGGCUUCCCGUGGCCCCCACCUGCCUUCACCCCACUGGGGAGGCUCGAGGCAAAUCCUGCCUGUCCCUGAGGGCUGGCCAGGUGGCUCCAGGACAAGGGUGGGAGCCCAGAUUCACCAGGCCUGUUGCUAAACUGUGACAUUUCCAGUUGUCCCUAGGUGCUUGGGUUUUUGAACGGAGACUUUUUUUUUAACCGAUAAAACAAGGAACCACACCUGG